AUGCAAAAGUACCACGGUGCUUCCAGUUCCUCCAGCGGCAAAGGCAAGCAAUCAUCGCCGCCGGGAAAGUCGCCCAGCAAGUCACCUGGCCAGUCACGACCCAUUCUUCGCGCACUCCCACCAAUUCCACUCUGCAAGUGCCGCGAUCGUAUCGGAGAGCCGACCUUUGCGCAGGGCGAAAGACUCGAGUGGCCCGUCCUCCGCGAAAAGAUCAUGCGCGUCUUCCCUCGUUCCUCCAACCCCAUCAUCCCCUGCGACUGGGGUCAAAAACUCAUCAAACAAGACGCCAACGGCCACACCUGGGACCUUCACUACCUCGAACUCAAAGAAUGCAUCACCGCACCCUCAUACAUGCCCAUUGCACCUGAAGCUGCACCCCAAGUCCUCUUGCGCGGAGAGCCUGCAACCAGAAUGUCUGACGCACUGGAGAGUGUGAUGAACAUCUUGGAUCAAAUACCCUACAACUGGAGAUACGACUCCAACACCAAACUUCCCAUUCAUGCUGAGGAGUUUCCGGCGUUUGAGAUUGAUUGCUCUAUGUGUGGGUUGCCUCGCAAGGAUCCUAGAUACUUGCCUCCUAAGCCGCAGACUAGCCACAAACUCAACCUCAAGCGCUAG